AUGUCUUCGUUUGACGCAGAAGAUCGCAGAGCUAAAUAUGCAGUCGUUCCCAAAUCAGUCAAUGAUGGCAAGGUUUGAUAAAUUUGCAACACUUUAAUGAGUUAUAAUUUCCAGGUAGUUGAACUUUCGCAGAAAACUGUGCAAUCUACAAAACAAGUGCGAAAAGUUCUUCCUGAAGAGCAGUACAUUUCAAAAUUAGAAAGGAUCAUAGUGAAAGACUACUUUCCAGAACUUCCAAAACUUCAAGUAAGGCGUUUUUAUAAAUCGGAAUAUUUUGCAUUCUAUUUCCGGAAAUCCGACGCAUCUUUUAAACAGUUCUAAGGCGGCCGGUCAAUAUUAACCGUACCACGACCGGCCGCCUCGAACGGGGGUGUGCUUUUAUUCUAAUUCAGGCACAAAGAGAAUAUAUGGAUGCUGUUGCUUCAAAUGACGUCGCCAAAAUAAGAGAACUUCAAGUGAGGUUCAGAACAACUAGGAGAACAGAUCGAAGGUGAGUUUUCCUCUAUUGAAUGUAGAAAAAAAAACGAGUUUUGAGGACUUCGCCCUCUGCUCACGCGAUUUCUGGAACUCCGCUGGUGGGGAAGCCGGAUCGACCGACGUCGCCGCUCAAUUUCGAUCCGGCGACACCUGGUCCUUCCACAUCUAAAGCAUCCGAAGCUCCACUUGACGACCCUUACUCCACACCUUUGCCUUACUCCAACGCUGAAGGCGACAACGAAGUUUGUUUCGAUUUCCGUAUUCUUCUUUCAGAAUCAGAUUAUAACUUGAUUCUCUCAUAUUCAUAGUUAUUUAGUCGUGAGAAUCUUCUUAGAAUUAGUAGCCAAGUAAUAUACGUACACAUUUUUGAUAAAUGUUCGGCUUCAGGCUGAUCUGAAGAAAAAGAAGAAGAAAGAAGUGGAAAUGUCGGUGACAGGCUACUUGAACAGCUUCACGUCGGAGGACAACGCUUCCUUCGAGGAGCUCACCGAGGUCAUGAGGGAGCGCGAACGUGCCAAGCGCCAUUGGGUCUACGAGGCCGAGGAGCGGCACAACAAGAAUUCGGUUACACCUUCGUUUACUUGGGCUAUUGAAUCGUUCAUCCUUCUAUUUCUAGAUUAUCCACUCUUUGAUGCCUGCCGAAGCCGAUGUCCAGCUGGCGAUCAAGUAUACAGCCAACGCCGAAGAAGGUUUCAAAUAGCCUUUUUCAACGUUUUCACUGCUUUUUAGAACGGCCGAUCGCCGUCGACAAUUGGAAGUAUACCGCUUGGAACACUAUCCUGUUCAACCCCGAGGGCGUUCCCAUGAGCGCCGAAGAAUCAGCUGCAGCGGCUUUGAAACAGCAAAUUGUGAUUAACAAAUCUGCGACGCGUUUCCCUGACGACGUUAAGAACAAGCCUUCAGAAGUAAGAUUUUUCAGUUUGUGUGAAGAAAAAAAGGGUUUUCUGUGAAGAGAUAGUUAAAUAAAUGAAAAGGUUAAAUAUCCAGUUCGAAAAAAGUUUCUGCGCAAAGAUCCAGUUUACGCCCAGAGCGGGAUUUAUUCACGCCGAAGAAAAUUCCUUUUUAUUUCACGAUUAUAAUUCUUUCAUAACUAAAGCUCGGGAGGAACGAAAAAAAUGUCGAAUGAGUUGUUAGCAUCCUUUUACAAACUCUGAGAAAAUUCGACAGGUUUUUUUCUAUUUGGUUAAGGUAACAGUAAUUGAAAGAAGUAAUCAUUUAACGUGAAUUUUUAAAAAGGAGGGGUUUGUUUUUUUCUUCUAUUUCGAAGGUAAAUGAAAAUAGCAAAGUGCGAUCUAAUCAGAAAUAGAGAAAAAGAGUCUUUUUUUGAUGAUUGACUUUUUUAAUCCUUGAUAGCAAAAAAAAAUGUUAGGUUGUGUUAUGUUUUUUUUUCGUGUUAUGGUCUCUAGUUUAAUUUUUUUGAGAUCGUUUUGGUCGGUGAUAUGAAAUUGUAGGAGUCGAUGUCAAGGGCGGCAAUGAUCCAGGCGGCGAAUAAGGCAGGAAAGGUCGACGUUUUGGGACACGAAAUCGGAGCAACGAAAACAAUGGGCAUUCUGGCGACGCCGAGUCCCGCCCCUGGCGUCGAGGAUUCGCCUCUGAUGACGUGGGGAGAGAUCGACGGCACACCUUUCCGUCUGGACGCUCCUGACGUCUCCGCUCCUACCGCCAACGCGCCAACUUUCAAGGUCUGUCUCAGCUUCUUCCUCAGGAACUGAGAGCCGCUUUUUCAGUUUCCAUUACCGAGAAAGUUCUGAGAAUGACAUUUUUUGUUCUUUUAUUUUUUCACGGAUUUAGGGCUUUCCAUUGUAAUUAACGAGUCUGAGGUAAGUUCCUCAGUCGCGUUUAACACGAGUGGAAUAUUCUUUUAAACUUGUUUGGAAAGUUGAAUUCGAUUUAAAAAAACUUUUUGGAACGUAUGAAAGCUGUCGUACAUUGUUUAAAACAAGGCUUGACGUUUUCAAAGGAGUUUUAGAUGCCCGAAGUUCCGUAUCGCGAGCAAAUCGCACAAGGAAUAAACGACACGAUCGCGAUGCGUUAUCGCGACAAACGGAAGGUCGCCAUGAAGGCGGCUGAAGGAGCUCAGUUAGUUUUUUUUGAAGCUUUUUAAGACUUGUUUUUGAAAAAUUUACGUACAAUGUGACCGAUGAAAAUUUCCUUUUUCAUUCUCGAAAAUUCCUUUUCUUAUUUCUUCCUGAUUUCCCAGGUGUUUUCAACUUCUCAUAUUUUAAAAUGAGAAAUUUCAAAAAAUGAUCGAAUAUCGAGAAUUUUCUUAAAUUAGGAGGCGGACAGAGCGAAAAAAGGGAUUUCUUAUUAUUCUAGCUAAUUUUUUUUCUUUGAAUAGCAAAAAGAAGGGAUCAAAUAUUUCAAAAAUAUAGUUGACGUAAUUCCAAUGUUUUUUUUUCUCAUUCAGUUCGACGCCACGUUUCGGAGGAGCGUCGAAAAGAACUUCGGAAAAGUUGGCUCUUCUGUCCCCAGCGGCACAACGAUUGGCUACCAACAAGCUGGGAAUCCAAAUGCGGACCGGCUCUUCCUCCUCUUUCUCCAAAACACCAGUCACUCCAAGGUAUUUUUUUCCAGUUCCCCUUUUUUUUCUGAAAUUUUCGGAAUGAUAAGGUUGGAUUUAUCGAAAUCUAGAUACGUGCGGAAAAUGGAAUUUUGAAAUCAGCAUAAGAAAAUUGAGCCUACAUCAUCAAAACAGUGAAAUGAAGUAAUCAGAAAAGACGAUUUUUAAGCGAAAAAUCGAACUUCGAUUUCACUUUUUCUACAUAGCAAUACAGAACUCGAUAAACAUUCCAUUUGAGUGAGCGGACGCCUGGGUCAACCCGGAAGCCAUUGCACCGCACUCCCGUCACAUCGAUGAUCCGCCGACGCGAAACCCCAACGCCUUCAACGACGUCGACGACGUCACUGACCGACAAUCUGCUCCACAUUGAGCCAUCGCCAGAACGCAAAGAAGAAACUAAAAGCCGUGCUCGAGCUGGCGAUUUUUUCUAG